UUGCCUUAGUAGAACACUCACUAACAGCAGUAGAUAGCAGAGAAGAUCAUAUGUUCCGUUCAAGUUGGUGUUACCACCUUGGUCUGGAAUGUGUUGCUUUGCUUCCAGUGAAUCUCUCCCAAGCUCACCAUGACAUUCGAACUGCUCUGCAGUUGAACUUUUAACUUGAAGCUCUUUAUGCAGCACGCAACUGAGUCCUGCGGAUUGUUUUUCUCCUGACUCUGACCGUCUGUGGUUCCUUCGGAGCGCUCUGUUGCAGUUGCUUUUUAACCAUCGUAGAUUUAAAUAUGGAAUUCCAAAGCAGGGGGCAUUCCUAUCCCAUUCCAGAGGACGAAGAAAUCUCGGCCGCUCAUCAGGAUGUGUACAAUGACCGUGGAAAUGAAGGCGAGAGAGUGGUGUCAAAAUUGCAACGUAGGCACAGUGACGUAAAAGUAUACAAAGAAAUAUGUGACUUUUAUGCAAGAUUCAACAUGGCCAAUGCUCUCGCAAAUGCCAUGUGUGAGCGCUGCCGAGGAGGCUUUGCACCCGCGGAGAAGAUUGUGAAUAGCAACGGCGAGCUGUACCAUGAGCAGUGUUUUGUGUGUGCCCAGUGCUUCCAGCAGUUCCCAGAAGGACUUUUUUAUGAGUUUGAAGGAAGGAAGUAUUGUGAACAUGACUUUCAGAUGCUUUUUGCUCCUUGCUGUCAUCAAUGUGGGGAGUUCAUUAUUGGCCGUGUUAUUAAAGCUAUGAACAAUAGCUGGCAUCCAGAAUGCUUCUGCUGUGAUAUCUGCCAACAGGUACUGGCAGACAUUGGAUUUGUGAAGAAUGCUGGCAGGCACCUUUGCCGUCCUUGUCAUAACCGGGAGAAAGCUAGAGGCCUUGGCAAAUACAUUUGCCAAAAGUGCCACGCCAUCAUUGACGAACAACCUCUCAUCUUCAAGAAUGACCCUUACCAUCCUGAUCACUUCAAUUGUGCCAACUGCGGGAAGGAACUUACUGCUGAAGCUCGAGAACUGAAAGGGGAGCUGUACUGCUUGCCUUGCCAUGACAAAAUGGGAGUCCCCAUCUGUGGAGCAUGCAGGAGGCCAAUUGAAGGACGUGUGGUGAAUGCCAUGGGCAAACAGUGGCACGUAGAGCAUUUUGUUUGCGCAAAGUGUGAGAAACCAUUCCUAGGCCACCGCCACUAUGAGAGGAAAGGACUGGCGUAUUGUGAAACCCAUUACAAUCAGCUGUUUGGUGACGUUUGCUUCCACUGUAAUCGUGUGAUUGAAGGAGAUGUUGUGUCCGCCUUGAAUAAGGCAUGGUGUGUGAACUGCUUUGCAUGUUCUACUUGCAACACUAAGUUAACACUCAAAAACAAGUUUGUAGAAUUUGAUAUGAAGCCUGUCUGUAAGAAGUGCUAUGAGAAGUUUCCGCUGGAGCUGAAGAAGAGACUGAAGAAAUUGGCUGAGACUUUGGGAAGGAAGUGAGACCCUCUGCUUCAAAUCUCACUGUGCAUAAUUUAGCAAAUGUUAUUGAUACUACAGACUUUCUUUUGUUGAGUCUAUGAAACUUAAGCAAAAAAAAUAAGUAUUCUCUGCAUGACUAGCUUCAUACUAGAAUGUUUGCCUCACCACCUUGAAAAUAUACCUCUCAAACCCUUGACAUCUUAUGUAACCUUAUAUUCAACCAUUUAAAUUCUGUAUUUUAUACUUGCAUACAUUUGUAGAUAUAUACAUUGUAUUUGCUUAGUCACUGUCAGAUGAAAAAUGGGUCCUUAUAUUGCAGUAGGGUCAAUUUGAAUGGAUGUUGGUGCUAAGUAGCCUAAUUGGGCAUGAUCCAGCAGAUUCCCUUGCCAAAUAGACCAAAGCUCAGCCUUACUAGGGUUAGGCUGAAAAUCCAUCCCACAUUGUUUCCCAUUCUCAUUCAGUUUGAUAGAAAAGGAACUGCUUUCCAAGAAAAUUCGAAGGAAAAGAAAAUUUAGGAAAAAUUCUCAUGGGUUGGGGUUGGGUUGCUUUGUGCUUUCCGCAUUUCAAUUAAGGGACAGGGGAAGACAUCAAGAAAUAAUACCUCCCUUAUAGCUUUUCCAGAUGAGGAAGUGCAGGCAGCCUGGGAGGCUGCAGGGCAAUGGAAAGUUAUGUAAUAGAAAGGAAAAACACACACACUAUACCCUCAGCCAGCUCACAGUGAUUAGUUAAGGUCAAAAACAUCACAAAAAUAAAUUAUAAUGAAAAUGAGACAGAAAAAUGGAAGCCUCCUUCAUGGGGGAAGAAAACUUGCAAGAAUUUGGAAGACAGAUUUAAGCACAGCACUAUCUGCACCUCGACACAACACUUCCCCUACCCCCACCCCACAUCUGCAUAGCAGUGGAUGCAAAAUAAGGGCCAGCCUGCAAACACAGUUGGUGCUGUUGCCAUUUGUUUCUACCCAUGAGAAACCUUUGAGAAUUUCUCCUCCCUCUGGAGAAAUUCAGUGAAGUUGUGUGUGUCCCUUCCCCGUUUACAAAUGGGGAGAAGAAUUUCAAAAGGCCAUCAGUGUAAAUCUCUAGUUUAAACUAAACUCCAGCAUAAUUUGUCUGCCGGGUGGAGAUUGCUGGAGCAAAACAAGAGAAGAA